CUCCCGCCGCGCCCGCCGCACGCACGCGCACUGCGCCCAGCAUGAGGGUCGCGGCUCUGAUCAGUGGUGGAAAGGACAGCUGUUAUAAUAUGAUGCAGUGCCUUGCUGCUGGGCAUCAGAUUGUUGCUUUAGCAAAUCUAAGACCAGCUGAAAAUCAAGUUGGAUCCGAUGAACUGGAUAGCUACAUGUACCAGACAGUGGGUCAUCACGCCAUUGACUUGUAUGCAGAAGCCAUGGGCCUUCCCCUGUAUCGCCGAACCAUACAAGGAAGGAGCAUGAAUACUGAACGAGUGUACACCAGAUGUGAAGGGGAUGAGGUGGAAGAUCUCUAUGAGCUUUUGAAACUUGUGAAGGAAAAAGAAGAAGUAGAGGGGAUAUCAGUAGGUGCUAUACUUUCUGACUAUCAGCGUGUUCGAGUAGAAAAUGUGUGUAAAAGACUUAAUCUCCAGCCUCUAGCUUACCUUUGGCAGAGAAACCAGGAAGAUUUGCUUCGAGAGAUGAUAUCAUCUAACAUCCAAGCGGUGAUCAUCAAAGUAGCAGCUUUUGGUUUAGAUCCAGAUAAGCAUCUUGGAAAAACCCUGGAUCAAAUGGAGCCUCAUCUCUUAGAGCUCUCUGAGAAGUAUGGAGUCCAUGUUUGUGGAGAAGGUGGAGAAUAUGAAACAUUCACUUUGGAUUGCCCUCUAUUUAAGAAGAAAAUAAUCGUAGAUUCAUCUGAAGUAGUCACCCAUUCAGCUGAUGCAUUUGCACCUGUAGCAUAUCUACGCUUCUUAGAAAUGCAUUUGGAAGACAAGGUGUCGCCAGUGCCUGACAACAACAGAACAUCUAAUUAUAUACAUAAUUCUUGAAAAACGUUUUGCACAUGGUUUACUAAACUGCCAUUUCUAUUUGAAACCAUACCAUAACAUUUUCUCAAUUAUUGACCAGCUUUUUCUUACUACGGUUUUUUGUUUUGUUUUGUUUUUGGUUAUUUACAAACAUAUACUUUCAUCAGAAGAAGUUAAUGGAACCAUUCAUUUAUUGGGGAAAUGUGAAUGUCUUGUUCAUUAUUUGUACUGCCAGCUUCCUCAGGAUUCACUCUUUCUCUGUCCUUCUGUUAAUACAUCCUCCUCAUCUGUGAAAUGUAUGAAUAUGAUCCAUGGGAUACCUGUGUUUUUUUCUUUUUACCUCGUAUCCCACACUCAUUUCUGUAACCUUCUUCGCUCUCGUCCCAGUUGUUUCUUUCCCUCUUUCCUGCUGCCAUCUCUGCCCCUUCUAUCAUGAUGCAGAGGCAUUUGAAAUGAAGAUAGGAAGACAAUCACUUCAUUUAGCCAAUCAGGCUUAUUCUAGUGGGUGUCACCAAAGUGAUGUAUCAUUCUUGGUUUGAAUGUAUUCAUGAUUGAAGAGUUUAAACAUUAUUGGUCAAUCAGGAAAAAUACCAUUGACUCUUACAGAUUAUUUUAUAAUCGAUAACAAAGUGCAAUUUUUUAGUAUUACUUGUGCUGACCUAAAUAACUUUCUUUUGUCUUCAAUGUUAUAACUUAAUGUUAAUGUUACCUCAGUUGGAACUGUUUUUUGUAGCAAAUAACAGGCUGUGAGGUAGGAGCUUAUUGUAGCAACCGGAAAUUUUACAUCCUCUUGGUGUGAAUGCAGAGGGAAAUACUGAGUUACCUUCCCGGAAAUCCUAUUGUAUCUCAUUGACUUUGGAUUAAUUACUACGUCCAUCCAUAAGUCAGUCAUAGGGUCCAAGGUACAGCUCUGGCCAAGUCAUCCGCUUUACUUCCAAGCUACCCAGGCAGUAAAGAAAGUGGUUCUCUAGAGGAAAAGCAAAUUGGGCUUACCAAGAGAACGGUGAAUAGAGGCUGAAGAGCAAAACUAACACUCACCCACAAAAUCACAUUGCCAUUUCCAACGCAAAUUAACAGUCAUCCCCAAAUAACAGUGAUGCCUAGAAUGUUGAAUACUCUGAAAUCUAUCUGUUCCCUAAAUUUGCUUCAGUUUCCAUUUGCUCUAUAACAUAUUUUCAGUCCAGUUUGAUCUCAGUUACUUUGACGAAAUUCUGUUGGUCUUUCCUCGUCUACAUAAUCUUUAAUCUUUUUCUUUGAUCAUAUUGGCCACCAUCUCCUUCUUGAAAUUUUCCCGCAUAACACUUCCAUACCACUGAACUAUUCUGACUUUUUUCUGCUCUUCUCCAGGUUUCUUCUGUCUUCUUUAGUAGCUUCUCUUCUUACCUUCCACAUGUACGUAUAUCUCAAGUUCUGUUUAUGGUUCCUUUUUUUUUCCCCAGUAUUUUUCUUAAUUUUGUCUGUUCCCACUAUUUUAGUUAUCACCUCUAUGCAAAUGACUCACAAAUCACUCUGUUUCAAGUCUGUCUACUAAUCCCUCUUCUUUCUCCUUACCCCUGCAUGCUUAUUUCUGACUAGCUGUCUGACACACAGCCAGUAUGCCUCUAUUUCAGUAUGUACAAACCUUGAACUCAUUGUCCCCUCCAGGUGUACUUUGCCCUGUUUUUGUUGUUUAACCCGGCUGUUUCCCCCUAAGUAACUCAGGCACAGAAUAUUGACGUCACCUCUGACAGCUCUUUCUCAGUUACCAUCUACGUUCAGUUGGCUACCUAACCCUUCAUAUUCUAGUUCUCAAUGUCUCUCACACCAUUCGAUCCUCAUGCCCAUCCCUCUCACUACAGUUGUAUGUUGCCCGAGAGUUUAGGCAAGAUACAACUUCUUUCAGUGGUCUCCUUACAUUCAUUUUCUCUCUGUUCUAUUCCACUGAUGUAUUGAUUUUCCUUUCUGGUUUUUACCUCCCUGCACAAAACCCCACAAUACUGCUAGAUUGUCUUCUAAAUAAAUAAAGUAUUUCACAGUGUCUUAAAGACCAUCUGACAGGCUCCCUUAGUAACAUCCUUUUUCAGUUUUGUUUCAAUAACUCUCCUACAUGUAUCCUUUGCUUCAGUAAUACCAAACCAAUAAAUACUCCCUUACUAUGCCCUCUGCUGGGGGCCCUGGUGGCACAGUAGUUAAGAGCUUGGCUGCUAACCAGAAGGUCACCAGUUCAAAUCUA